AUGGAAGAUCCGCCCCAUCUCCAGGACUUGGAACUGAUGGUGAAUUGGUGUACCAGCACAUAUCGGUCGAUGGCCCGGGACUCCAGCGCCGAGCUUAUCUGGCAGUCGGUGGUCCCCCAGCUGUCCCUCCGGGCGCCGGCCCUGCGUCAUGGACUAUUGGCGCUUUCUGCGCUUGAAGUGGCUUCCCAGAGGAGUACUCCAGAGCGUAAAUGGCGCUAUAUCGUGGCCGCGCGGGAACACCAAAGCCUGGCAUUGGCCGGGGUCCGAUUCGACGACAUCGAUACGCUAUCGGACGCCCAGUGUAACGCCCACUUCGCAUUAUGCUGUGUCUUGCUGGCCUUCUCGUUCGCAUACUGCAUUAUCAUGGACUGGGAGGAGGAGGAGGAGGAGGACGAGAGGCCGGACGUGCUAGACGAGUUUCUCGAGGUCUUCUACCUCACGCGAUGGCUCGUAGGCGCCUUGCUUCUGACCAAAGACCGCGUUUCGUCGGGCGACUUGUAUCCCCUGGUCCAAUCGCCGGAGCCUCGACCGACCAUGCCGGAUAUGUCUCGCCUGGUGAUCCUCUCUAUCCGGCGGCAGAACGAAAUCGAGUCGCGGCGAGACCCGACCCACGAAAAGGACGUCUACACCCAAACGAUCGACCAUCUGAGCCAUUCGCUGGAGCAGCUCAUGAAUGGAGGCGAACCCAAGGACUUCGCCUUCUGUUGGGCCUUUCGUAUCCCCAUGCGAUUCUCACAACUGGUCCGAGACCGACGGCCCUUUGCCUUGGUUGUCCUUGCCCACUAUGCUGUCGUGUUGCAUCACUUACGCGAAUCAUGGUGGAUGGGCAACUGGGGCACGCGCAUCUUGAAGGAGAUUGUCGACCUGCUCGAAUUCGACUCCGAAUGGCGGGAGCUUAUCUCCUGGCCCCUGGAUGCUGUAGGCUGGUUCCUGCCUGAGUUGCCCCAGGCGUCGGUCGCUUCUUGA